UUUAAAAUCGAGAAUUAAAGGUGAAGUGUGGACUGGCUAGCUAUAGAUAAUGAUAAGUAUAUUUGUAAUGCUUGGAAUGGUGCAGCCCAGUCUCAUGAGAAAGGUAUGUGAUGAAACAGGCCCCGCCUAUUAUGGGAGGGGCAUAGAGCAGAGGGUGAUUUAUAAAUAGACCCAGCAUACCACAGAGUUAUUGUGCUGCUGCUUGCCUUCUCCUUCAUUCAUAUCUCUCUUGGCAUCAGACCGAUGAUAUGGCUGACCAGCUCACUCAAGAACAAAUUGCAGAAUUCAAGGAGGCCUUCUCCGUGUUUGACAAAGAUGGCGACGGUACCAUCACCACACAAGAGCUAGCCACUGUCAUGAAAUCCUUGGGGCAAACCCUAACGGACAAAGAGUUACAGGAAAUGAUCAACGAAGUGGAUUCAGAUGGGGACGGGACAAUUGACUUCAAUGAGUUCUUGACCAUGAUGGCUAAGAAAAUGAAGGACACGGACACAGAAGAAGAAAUCCGUGAGGCCUUUAAAGUAUUUGACAAAGACGGCGAUGGGUCCAUCAGUGCAACCGAACUGAGGCAGGUCAUGAAGAACCUGGGGGAGAAAUUAACAGACGAAGAAAUUGAUGCAAUGAUAAGAGAGGCCGACGCGGAUGGAGAUGGACAAGUGAACUAUGAAGAAUUUUGUUGGCCUUCUGAACUACUACUGUUAAACAUGGCUGACCAGCUGAGCCCUGAACAGAUUGCUGAAUUCAAGGAGGCCUUCUCACUGUUUGACAAAGAUGGUGAUGGUACCAUUACAACUCAAGAACUGGGCACUGUCAUGAGAUCCUUGGGACAGGCCCCUACUGACAAAGAGUUACAGGAAAUGAUCAACGAAAUGGAUUCAGAUGGGAACGGAAUAAUUGACUUCAAUGAGUUCUUGACCAUGAUGGCUAAGAAAAUGAAGGAUACAGAUACAGAAGCGGAAAUUCGUGAGGCCUUCAAAGUAUUUGACAAGGAUGGUGAUGGGUCCAUCAGUGCUGCUGAACUGCGGCAGGUCAUGAAAAACCUGGGGGAGAAAUUAACAGAUGAGGAAAUCGAUGUAAUGAUCAGAGAGGCCGAUGUUGAUGGAGACGGACAAGUCAAUUACGAGGAAUUUCUACGGAUGAUGACUGCUAAGUAGUCAGUGCUAAAAAGUGUGACAAUAAAUGGAUUUUCUAAAGCUAAAUGUUGUUGUGGCAGGUGUAAAAUAAUGCAUAUUGCACAUAAAAU